AUGCCCCUCGACAUAGAAGAGAUCCUUCGGAAAAAGAAGGCAGCUGAUGCUGCUGCCGCUAAACCCAGAUUUAUCCCCAAGGCAGAACGCGAACGGCUAGCAGCUGAGAAGGCGAAGCAGGAGGAAGAAGAGAAGAAGCGCAAGGCGGCGGAUGAUUCACAAAGGCGACGGGAGGAAGAGAGAAGAUGGGAAACCCGCGCAAAUGGUCUACCAGCCUCUAAUGGCCCCCCCAACGGCGCCCCCAACGGCAUCGCGCCACCCACAGGUCCAAGGGCGAUGAACCAACCGGCUGGGGGGAGCGGUAGUGGUAGAGGCCGAGAUGGUCGAGAUGGUCGAGACGGACGAGACGGACGAGACGGAAGAGAUGGAAAGAAAAACUCAAAGACUGAAGGCGUUAAGCGAUCGGCGGCGGAGAUUGAGGACUCACUGCUGCGCUCGCGGUACCUUGGCCCAGAAGUCAACCAGCAGUCAAGCUUUUCGGCCAAGAAGAAGCGAAUGCGAACGACAGAAAAGAAGUUUAACUUUGAGUGGGAUGCAGAUGAGGACACAUCGAGAGACAACGACCCGCUAUACAUGAGCCAGAGCGUCAACAGAGGCGGCUCCCUGGCUGGCGUUGGUGGCGAGUUCGACAAAGAAGCCGAGCAGCGGGCGCGCAAGCGAGCAAAGAUGAUUGAGCAGCGCGACCUAGAACAUGGCAAGGAGAGAGCAAUAGGAAUUAUGGAAGACUUUUACAGGGCGCGCGAGAGGGCAAAGGAGAGGGCAGAGAGGACGGGCCUGGGACGGCACUGGUCGGACAAGGACCUCAACGAGAUGCGCGAGCGAGAUUGGCGCAUCUUCAAAGAAGACUUUGGCAUUUCGACCAAGGGAGGCGCAAUUCCCAAUCCAAUGCGCAACUGGGAGGAAUCCGGGCUGCCGCGACGGCUGCUUGACAUUGUGGACAACGUUGGCUACAAGGAACCCUCUGCUAUUCAGCGAGCAGCCAUCCCGAUUGCAUUGCAGGCCCGUGAUCUUAUUGGUGUUGCCGUCACGGGUUCCGGUAAAACUGCUGCUUUCUUACUGCCCCUUUUGGUGUACAUCUCCGACCUGCCGCCCCUCACAGAGGCCAACAAGAACGAUGGUCCGUACGCGCUCAUCAUCGCGCCAACUCGUGAACUGGUGCAGCAGAUUGAGACGGAGGCGAGGAAGUUCGCUGAGCCGCUGGGCUUCAGGUGUGUCAGCAUCGUUGGUGGACAUUCACUAGAAGAACAGGCCUUUGCUCUGCGCAACGGUGCCGAGAUUAUCGUCGCUACGCCUGGUCGUCUUGUCGACUGCAUAGAGCGAAGACUUCUUGUCUUGGUGCAGUGCUGCUACAUCAUCAUGGACGAGGCUGAUCGAAUGAUUGACCUUGGUUUCGAGGAUUCGCUCAUGAAGCGUUACGUAGGAGGCAAAGACCGAUAUCGUCAAACCAUGAUGUACACGGCCACCAUGCCUCCGCUGGUUGAAAAGAUUGCCAAAAAAUACCUCCGCCGUCCUGCCAUCGUCACCAUCGGUAAUGCAGGCGAGGCCGUCGACACCGUCGAACAGCGCGUCGAGUUCGUUUCCGGCGAGGACCGGCGCAAGAAGCGGCUGCAGGAGAUCCUCUCCUCGAACGCUUUUGCGCCCCCGAUCAUCGUCUUCGUCAACAUCAAGCGCAACUGCGAUGCUGUCGCCCGCGACAUCAAGUCCAUGGGAUGGUCCGUCGUCACGCUGCACGGAUCGAAGACGCAGGAGCAGCGAGAAGCCGCUCUUGCAUCCGUCCGCUCGGGCCAGACGCAGGUCCUUGUCGCCACCGAUCUUGCCGGUCGUGGUAUCGAUGUGCCGGACGUCUCGCUCGUCAUCAACUUCAACAUGGCUACCAAUAUCGAGAGCUACACGCAUCGUAUCGGUCGUACUGGUCGUGCUGGAAAGAGUGGUGUGGCCAUUACUUUCCUGGGCAACGAGGAUGCAGAUGUCCUGUAUGACCUUAAACAGAUCUUGAGCAAGAGCUCCAUCUCAAAGGUACCCGACGAGCUCAAGAGACACGAGGCGGCGCAGUCGAGGCCGGUUCGCGGCGGAGCCAGCAAGAAGGAUGAGGCUGCUGCUUCUGAAGGAGGCAAAGGGGGAGGCGGUAAAGGAAAUUGGUAA